AGUAAAACAGGAUGUACAUGACACAGUGAUUAUUUUAUUUAAUAAAUCCCAAAUCAUCAACAGUUAAAUACAAUAAUAUGAUAUGGCGCAGUCAGGAGAUGGCAAGAACCAGGCCGCGGGUGUAAGACCCGUGAGUAUUAAAGCCGACACGAUGCAGGGAUUAAGCCUUGCCCAACCGCCGCCAUUGUCUUUUGAAGGAGAUUUGGCAAAAAACUUCAAGACAUGGAUAAGACAUGUGGAACUGUACAUGGUGGCGACUGAAUGCCAUAAAAAGAGUUCUGAAAUAAAAGCAGCAAUAUUAUUACACCUCUUGGGCGAGGAAGGAGUGGACAAAUUUGACACGAUAGACCUGCCUGAAGCUAAAAAGAAGGAUUAUGAUGAGGUAUUAAAAGCCCUUGGAGAUUAUUGCAUGCCAAAAACAAACGAAAGUAUAAAUAGACACACAUUUUUUAACAGGAAUCAGAAAGAGGGUGAAAAUAUAACAGAAUAUGUAGCCCAACUAAAGAAACUAUCAGUGACCUGCAACUUUGAGGGUCUACGUGACAGUCUCAUUAAAGACAGAAUAAUAGGAGGAUUAUUAGAUAAAACAUUGCAAGAAAGACUCUUAAGAGAGCAAGAACUAUCAUUAGAAAAGUGCAUAAAUAUGUGUAAGACCGCAGAAAUAGCGACACAAUAUAUGAGAAAACUGACAGAAGAAGACUCGAAAGAUAUUGACAAAAUAAAUAGAGAUCAUCGCCAACAACCUAUGAGUAGAGCAUUCAAAUGUAAAAGCUGCGGAUAUCAACACCCUCCACGUCGUUGUCCAGCAUAUGGCAAACAAUGUAAUUAUUGCAAGAAGAUGAACCAUUUUUCUACUGUCUGUAGGAAUCGAAUGAAGGAUCACAACAUAAAGGAAAUACAGCAGAAUCCUCAGCAAGAAACAAAUCAAGAAUAUACAUUGGGUACAGUAUACACUGACUGGACAUUGCAGGAAUAGGAGAACUGAAGGAUUAUGUUUAUGAUUUCAAGUUGAUCCCGA